GCAGCGCGGGGAAGGACCGCAGCUAGAGGGAGCUGCUCCGGACCGCGUCUGCCCGUGCGCCCCUGUUCUUUCACAGGCUCCCCCGCCCCUCCCCUCCCUCCUUCCCCCGUGAUGGCGGAGGACAGCGAGUCCGCGGCCAGCCAGCAGAGCCUGGAGCUGGAUGACCAGGACACCUGCGGCAUAGACGGCGACAAUGAGGAGGAGACCGAGCACGCCAAGGGAAGUCCUGGAGGGGAUUUGGGAGCGAAGAAGAAGAAAAAGAAGCAGAAGAGAAAAAAGGAGAAACCAAAUUCUGGAGGCACCAAAUCAGAUUCUGCAUCUGACUCCCAGGAGAUUAAAAUUCAACAGCCUUCAAAAAAUCCAGCCAUUCCAAUGCAGAAGCUUCAAGACAUCCAGAGGGCAAUGGAGCUGCUCUCUGCAUGCCAAGGCCCAGCAAAGAAUAUUGAUGAGGCUACCAAACGUAAAUACCAGUUUUGGGAUACACAACCUGUACCUAAACUUAAUGAAGUUAUAACUUCACAUGGUGCAAUUGAACCAGAUAAGGACAAUGUCCGCCUAGAGCCAUAUUCUUUGCCACAAGGUUUUAUGUGGGACACAUUGGAUCUUAGCAAUGCCGAAGUUCUGAAGGAGUUAUACACACUGUUAAAUGAGAAUUACGUAGAAGAUGAUGAUAAUAUGUUUAGGUUUGAUUAUUCGCCUGAAUUUCUUCUGUGGGCGUUACGUCCUCCAGGCUGGUUACCCCAGUGGCACUGUGGGGUUAGAGUGUCUUCAAACAAAAAACUGGUAGGAUUCAUAAGUGCCAUCCCUGCAAGUAUUCGUAUAUAUGACAGUGUGAAGAAAAUGGUAGAAAUCAAUUUUCUGUGUGUCCAUAAGAAACUGAGAUCUAAACGGGUAGCACCUGUACUAAUUCGGGAAAUAACCAGAAGAGUAAACCUGGAAGGAAUUUUUCAAGCUGUUUACACUGCUGGAGUGGUACUUCCCAAACCUGUGGCCACUUGCAGGUAUUGGCAUCGAUCACUAAAUCCCAGAAAAUUGGUGGAGGUGAAAUUUUCACAUUUGAGUAGAAACAUGACUCUACAAAGAACAAUGAAGCUCUACAGACUUCCUGAUGCCACAAAGACUUCAGGUUUGAGACCAAUGGAACAAAAAGAUACUAAAGCAGUACAAGAAUUAAUCAACACUUACUUGAAACAGUUUAAUCUUGCUCCUGUGAUGGAUGAAGAAGAAGUAGCCCACUGGUUCCUGCCUCGGGAUCAUAUUAUUGACACUUACGUGGUGGAGGGCUCAAAUGGUAUUUUAACAGACUUCCUGAGCUUCUACACAUUACCUUCAACAGUGAUGCAUCAUCCUGUUCAUAAAAGCCUCAAAGCUGCCUAUUCCUUUUACAAUAUUCAUACAGAGACUCCCCUGUUGGACUUAAUGAAUGAUGCACUCAUUAUAGCCAAAUUGAAAGGAUUUGAUGUAUUCAAUGCACUAGACUUAAUGGAAAACAAAACAUUCCUGGAAAAACUCAAGUUCGGGAUUGGAGAUGGAAAUUUGCAGUAUUAUUUGUACAACUGGAGGUGUCCGGGCAUGGAAUCUGAAAAGGUUGGUCUUGUAUUACAAUGAGGACACUCACAUUUCUAGAACUCUGAGGUCAUCGUUUUGAGUUAAUUUGAUCUCCAUAACUCUUGGAAUGGUAUUGUUCAAGAGGAGUAAAAGCACAACGUCGGUGAUACUGAAAUAGUCCAUUAAAUCUGAACAAUGAAAACAUCCACAUGUGACCAAAUUUAUGCAUUUUCAGAUAGAUCAGAAGGCCCAUGAAACUCUUCUAUUGUCCAUGAAAAGAAUAAAAAGCACAUUCAUUUAAGUUUCAAAGCUUAGCUUGCACCUUGAUGAGAAGAAGGUAUUUUUUUCCACUCUGUAGAAAAGACUGUUUUGUACAAACUGAACUUCAGUGGUGGAUUAGGGUACAAAAAUAUUUGCUAUUAUGUGGAUGAACUGCUGCAUUUCUAUUUAUUAAGUGGUGGUGUAUGUUUGUCAGUGUAACCGAAUGAAGGAUACAAAUUCCAGUAUCUUUGCUUAUUUACUUCACGUGGAUAUCAUCAUUUGGGGGAAAAUCAAGAAGUACGAUACGUUUGUAGCUCUGUGAAAGUCCUGGAUGCUUUUGUAACUGGAGCAGUAUGACAAUGUACUGGUUUAACUAGUGCAUUUGUUUCUCCAUAAGCAACGCUGCCAAAUCAAUAAAAAAUACAGAUUUGUACUUUGAUCUUCAAUAGAUCAGUGGAUUGAUUUAACAGUAUCGCACUGUUCAGUGCAGGUGUUAUCUAUGUUGCCGGAAUGAUAAUACAUUACUGUACUUAAUUUACAGUUGUGGCACAAAACCUUAGUUUUUCCUCAGUAGAAUAACAUCAGCCUGUGUGUAAAACUAAGAAUUUUAGUAGUGCUAUCAGGAUGUUUAUAGUUUGAAUGUUUUCAACGCUUCUGCGAAAUUGCACAUAUUCCUUUGUCUACUUUGAUUUCCUAUGAAGUCUGUAAUUCUAAUGAAAAGUAUCUUGUGUAAAUAUGUAUUCAUAAAUUGUUCCUGGUAGUGUUUUUAUCCUGAAUUUGGAACAAGAAGUUUUGCUAUAUAUAUGUGGCUGGUAAGCAGAAGAGAAAUGCUCUGCCCUCAGUCCUUGGAAGUCUCUGUAACUGCACUUCCUGAAAUGUAGGAGGGCUGAUCUCUAUUGUUGGGUGGAGCUGUUUUAAUUCCCUCAUGAAUGCUCAGCAACGGGAGUGGCUUCUGAAGCACUUUAUAUGCAUUCCAGCGUAGUGUCAUAGCUAGAUAUGAUAGCAGUUCUUUCAGCUCAUGGAUGCUGCAGUAAUGGGAUGGGAGCACUGAGAAAAUCUGCAUUGAGAAACUGUUCUAGCUGAAAGUGCCAAAUUGUGGUAGUGAAGCCUCUGUGCUGUGAGCAUCUUUUGAAUGUGACUUGAAUAUCUCAUGAAAUGCAAAUGUCUAACUUUCCUUUUAAACAUGCCUGUAAUUCUGACAGCAGAUUUUGCUGAAAGUUUAAUUCUGUACAUGAAGAUAAAUUUGUCUGUUCUUCAUAACUGAUAGCCCUACCCACCUCCUUGUAGCAGUGGGGUUUUUCUUUCUUCCUGCUCUUUUUCCAAUGUGUGAAUGGUUUGUGUUUUGGUUUAUUUUUCUUGUUGAAUUGUGGUGAGAGGAUUCUGCCCUAGAAACAGUGAUACUUUCCCUUACUGCAUUAUAGCUCUGUGAUUAAAGCAUCCGACCUCCUUCAAACAAA